AUAAUUUUUCUUAUACAUUACUGUAUUCAGUUUGCUAUUAUUUUUCUUAGGAUUUUCCCAUCUAAAUAUCAUGAGAUAAAAAAAAUAUCUUUUUUUUUUGUGGAGCCCUGGGUCCAGAAAAACCCAACCAAUCACUUUCCUUCUUCAGAAAGAGGCUCCACAAAGCCUUCCCUGUUGCCCAAAGCUUGGACAGAGAUGGAUAUCAUGGAACAUGUUGGGCAAAAGCUCUGGAAUCACAAGGGGCACAGGGUUCUACGACUCCGCUUCGUGUGUCAGCAGCCAAGAGGUAGUGAGGUUCGUGAGUUCUGGUGGCAUGGCACUUCAUCAUUGGACACUGUCUUCUUGUUACUGUAUUUCAAUGACACUCAGAGUGUUCAGAAGACCAAACCUCUCCCUAAAGGCCUGAAAGAGUUUACAGAAAAAGACCCUUCUCUUCUCUUGAGGAGGGCUCGUCAAGCAGGCAGUAUUGCAUCUGAAGUUCCUGGCCCCUCCAGGGAGCAUGACGGGCCUGAAAGUAACCAGUGUUCCCUCCACCCUUUUCAAGUCAGCUUCCAGCAGCUGGGCUGGGAUCACUGGAUCAUCGCUCCCCAUCUCUAUACCCCAAACUACUGUAAGGGAGUAUGUCCUCGGGUACUACACUAUGGUCUCAAUUCUCCCAAUCAUGCCAUCAUCCAGAACCUUGUCAAUGAGCUGGUGGAUCAGAGUGUCCCUCAGCCUUCCUGUGUCCCUUAUAAGUAUGUUCCCAUUAGCAUCCUUCUGAUUGAGGCAAAUGGGAGUAUCUUGUACAAGGAGUAUGAGGGUAUGAUUGCCCAGUCCUGCUUUUAUUUUUUAUAUUGAAAAAAAAAAGAAAACAACAAUAGAUGCAGA